CGGACCGUUGUAUAUCUGAAAUAGUUAAAAAAAAAUAUUUAAUUUUUUUUUUUCAUUUUUAAAUAUUUCAAGAUUUUGAACGCGCGUUUCUAUGUCAAUAUUUUUAUUUUUUAUUAUUGUGAUUUUUUUUUAAAAUUCCUUUAAUAUACAUAUAUAUAUAUUGUACAUGGAUAAUUUUUUUUUUAUUUGAAUAACGCGCGCAAAAACUAAGUUUUUUUCGUUCGAUGUUUGAUUUUUUUCUUCGAACCUUUUGGAUGUUUUUAACAAGUUUCUUAUAUUUGUAAUAUUACUUUUUUUUUUUGGAUUUUUUGUUUGCUUGAUUUCUAUGUGUAUAAAAAAAAGUUAACCGUGAUACUGGAAUUACACGAUCCAGAAAGGAACAGGGAACCAGAAACGACGACAAAAUAAUAACGAUGCAUUGAAAUAUUCAUAAAUACAUGCAAAAAAAAAUUAAAUUAAAUUACUAUAAUAUUUCCAAUAAUAUAAAAGAUCAUCAUUUACUAUAUUCAUACAUACGUGCAUAUGUUAAAAAUAUAUACUGAUGUUAAAAUAUACACAAUAUUAUAAAAAUUAAACAAAAAAAAGUUACAAAAAAGUUUUAAGUGUGAUUUUUAAUAUUUCAAAUAAGAAAAAAGGAAAAUUUUAUUAAAAAAAAAAUUAAAAUUAUUGAAUGAUUGAAUAAUGUUUAUAUGAAAAUUAUACACAAGUAUAUAUACAGACGUUUCUACACUAAAUAACAAACACAAUCAAAAGUAUAUUAAAAAAAAAAAUUUAAGUAAUUUAUACACGUAUACUUAUAAACGAAUUUAUAUACAAUAAAAAGUUAUUUCGGCGUUUUCAUAAAAAAAAAAGAUAUAAAAAAUAACCACGAAAAUAAAAAAAUAUAAAAACAAACGAUAAAAACAAAAAAUUUCUCAAGUUUGAACUCACUGGAAUGCGCGCAACAUAAUUUUCUUCUUUUUAUUUUUUUUUAUUUGUUUGUUUGUGUUUUUUUUUUUGUUUACCUUUAUACAAUACAAUUAAUAAAUUUUAAUAAAAUUAAUGAAAAUAAAAGAGAGAAAGAAAAUAAAAUAAACUUAUUUUAAAAUAUUAUAAAUUUUAAAUACAUUUACGAAAUAUUGAAAAGAAAAGAAUUAAUUAUUUUAAAUUAAAAAAAAAAAAAAAUACACUUGAAUUCUUACUUACAAUAAAAUUAAAAAAUCAUAAUAAAAAUUAUAAAAUUUAAUUAAUGUUUAAAAAAUGUUGAAAAUAUUUAGAAAAUAAAUAUUUAAAUAAAAAAAUAGAAUAAAAAAUUUAAAUAAACAAUUUUAAUAUAUAGUUUUCUAUAUUUGAUGAAAAUACACGAUAAAUAAAAAUUAUUUCAAGGGCAUUGUUUAAAAAAAAAAAUAAAAUAAUAAAAUAAAACAGAAAUUAAAUAAAUAAAUAAUUAAAAAAUAAUUAAAAUAAAUAAAAAUUUUAGAAAGACGAAACAAAAGUGUCAAUUAAAAAUAAUUUUAAAAAGUUCGAAAAGAAAAAUAAGACAAAACCAAAAAAAAAAAUUUUUUACCGCCUGCCUUCACACGUUUUAGUUUUUUUUUUUAUUCCACUGUAAUUUUUUUUUUUUGGUUGAAUAAUUUUACACAAUAAUUAUGGAUACAAAUUUGGAUAUAAUUAGCUAAUAAAUAAAACUGCGAAAAGAACUAUUUCGAACAAAUAAUUGCAGUUUAGUAAUAAUGCAGCAUGCGAACUUUUUGUACCGUAAGCGCGCCAUUAGAGGCAUGCGCGCCACCAGCAAGACCGCUAUCACCAGGCUCACGGUUUUUAGCAUUAAGACUCCUAGGAACACCACAACCAAGAACACUUUACUUUCUUGUAGAAGCAAAAAGUCGUGUACGAGAAGUUUAUUCUCAAACAUGUUUACAUUUUGCAAAACAAGGAAUGUUAGAUACAGAAUUAUUCGGUUUAGCAGUACUAAUAGACGGAGAAUACAUGUUUGCCGAUCCGGAAAGCAAAUUAUCAAAAUAUGGCCCAAAAAGUUGGCGCUCAUCCCACACUCAUGGUCUCGAUGCGAAUGGAAGGCCUCUCCUAGAACUACACUUUCGUGUUCAGUUCUACAUCGAGAGUCCGUUUAUGCUACGAGAUGAAACAUCACGUCACAAUUAUUAUUUACAAUUAAAAGCGAACGCUAUAAGUCGAGAUGUUCCAAAAGAAUACUCUGAACAGUCGAUGAUAUUAUUAGGUGGUUUAGCUUUACAAGCGGAUUUAGGUGAUUGCCCUGAUGAUGAUUGUCGUCCUGUUGCAGAAUCUCCAGCUAUAUUAUCAUCAUCAUCAUCCUCAGUUGGUGCAAGUAGUAAUAGUGUUGGUGGUAUUCUAAUCAAUGGCGGUAUUUCUUUAGCAAAUUUAAAAAAUCAGUCAACAGUAUCCAAUGGAGGUUCAAUAACAUCAAUUAACGCAACAAUCGGUAAUAUAUCAUUAAAGAGUGGUAGUAAAAAAUCUAAUACAAACAUUAAAUGUAAUACAAUAAGUGAUGUAUUACAAUUAAAAUCUUCAACAAAUUCAACAGUUACAACGGGAACUAGUUCAUUACGUAAAAUAAUGAAUAGUGGAAGUGUUCGGCAAAUAGAAAGUAUUUUAAUUCCACCGGCAUCAUCAACAUCAUCGUUAGCAACAAAUAGCUCAACAUCAGCCAUCACGUCUUCGUCAUCAUCAUCAAUUGGUGCCAGUAAUAUUUCAUCAAAUUUACAAGAAUAUUUUCGUUUAGAGGAUUACUUACCAGCUGGCAUACAUUCAGCAUGGAGUUCAAGUGCAAUGCGCUCAUGUCAUAGGGAAAAUCGUGGAAUAUCUAGAGCUGAGGCCGAAUUAAAUUAUAUUCGGCAGGCAUGCUCAAUACAUGAUGCCAUCAAUGCACAUGUUUAUCGUAUGAAGCUUUCUAAAACAGAAAAUGGCAUUGGAACUGUUUUAUUUGUAGUUUAUGCCAAAGGAAUACGAAUUUACAGUGAAAAUGCUCAACCAGUAACAUUUUUAUGGCCAAACAUCACUAAGCUAAGUUUUGAACGUAAGAAAUUUGAAAUUCGAUCAGGCGACAAUAAAAUAACACUUUAUUCAAUGAGCGACGAAAAAAACAAAAUGCUAUUGACUUUGUGCAAAGAAACACAUCAAUUCAGCAUGAAAAUUGCUUCAAGACUUAAAGAAGCUAUAAGGAGAGAGGAAGAAGAAAAUCAGUGCUUAGAUGCAUGUUAUAUCUACUCUCGCAGUAGUCUUCAUUUGCCAUAUAAAAAUAAAAAUGAUCAACGAAUAUCUGUUAUAUCUUCUACUAGUUCUAAUACAACUUCUGGUAUCGUCAGUGAUCGAGUUCACUCGGAAGAUGAAUUGGAAAUUAUGAUCAAUACUCCCCCGAAUGUUCCCAUAGCAGCACCUUCAACUGAAAGCUUAGCUCUAGCCCACCUUUUAGAUAGACCAAGUGUUAGUAGACAAGCAUCAUCUGCGGGACAAGUUUCUUUGAAAGAUCUUGAGGAACAUUUAGCUGCUCUAUCUAUUAGAUCAAAAACCAGAUCAAAUAGUAGUGAUUCAACUGGAGGAGCAGUGGGAAGUACCAGUGGAAGUAGCACUGAACAUACAUCGACAACAACGAAUAAUAUUCAUAUUACAGAUCGGAUAAGAAGCGGUCCAACUCUUGGAGACAGUUCUGGAUCUAUUUCAAUAGAAACAGAGUCACCAAAUUCACAUCACAAUAUAGGAUCACAAUGUUCUUCCACAUGCAGUACUGUUGUAGUUGCCACAGAUACAAUUACUCUGUCAUCAUUGGCUGCUCAUACGGCAGCAUCAAACAGAAGGUCAUCUACAUCAAGCAGCUUAGAAUUGGGUUUUAGUCAUACAGCACAAAAUUCAGCUAUAAGUGAGGAUGCAAGUACUUGCGUUGAACAUGAAUUUAGAAAUCAAGAUGGUUGCGAAAUCGAUGAAACUCAAUCAGGUGUGUACACUUUAGAACACGGAGCCCCACCGACAGAAACGUCAGGGGUCUACACAAUGAACAGUAGUGAAAUUACAGGCCAGUCUUCGGAAAUAGCUGAAUCUGAAAGUCACGAUAGUUCACACUACGGUUGUUUUCAACCAAAUGCUAAUAUAACAACGGACGUAGACGAAGGAGUAAGUGAAACAGCUGAUUCUGUAGAUGGUUUAAGAAAUGUGAGUUUUGAACACAACCGAUUAAAAAACGAUGAUAUGAGUGAAUUUCGCUUGAGAUCCGAUUCAAACAUUAGUGCUAGUGGCUCAUUUCGAGGUGAUGGUAGUGAUCCUACUGAUAACAAGCACACACUCUUAACGGCUGAAGAAUUAACGGAUUUAAUAGUUGGUCGGGGUUCUUAUCCCUCACGUAAAACUGUCAGUGCUACUCUUGAUUCAGAUUGCGAUUACGUUACAUUACCGUUAGCUUUAGAAGGGGAUAGUUAUAUACAAGGCCAUCAAGACACAGCUCCAAGUGAAGAUGCCGACGUUGACAUGAUGGAUGUAAUUCUACCUACCGAUCCUCCAGCACCUCCAAAACGAAUUGAUAGUAACAUGCCACAUUCUAGUUUGGCGAACAUUGGAAGUCACCUACGAUCACCACCUCCGUAUCAUGCCCGACAUGAAACCACUGGGCUCUGUGGCCCUUCAGUUCGGAAAAGUUUACAAAAAUUAGCCAUAAGCAGUCCUAUUAAUAAAAAUAGUACAGAAAUACAGAAACCUGUCAUCUCACAGCCGCCUAUUCCUAUUCCACUAAGAGAUCCUCCGCCAUAUCCUCAACAACCUACUGCAAUAAAAUCACAGGUUUCUGACGUUUUGAGAAAUUUGGAAAUAUCACAGAAUACUAUAACCAAUACAACAAUUCCUGAAGAAGUAACAGCACGUUUCAUAACCACUAGACCUCACAUAAAUAUAUUAAAAGCUCAUACAUCAGUAGUCUCAGAUAACGCGAAACCGAGCUUUGCAGCUCCUACACUUCCAGCAAUUAUACCAUUAGGAACAACUUCAAAUCCAAAUCAAAAAAUUUCUCAAGUAACGCAAGUUUCUCGUGGCCAUAGUAAUCAUAAUGUUAAUUCUUUAACUCCUUCUAAACCUCAAUCAUUAGCUAGUCAACAGCAAAUAACAGCAACCGUACCAACUACCAUUGGUAUACCAAUAGUUCCUUAUAAUAUUCACAGUGCACAUAAAAGUAUAUCGUCAAUACCAGCACCACCUCCACCUUAUCAUCAUGAAGUCAAACCAGCUACACCAAGAACAUGCGUCUUGUUGCCAGUUAUUAAACCUCGUCAAUAUUUACCACCUCCACCACCAACACUUCCUCGUCAACCGCCGCCACCACCACCACCUCCACAAUUAGCCACUGUUUACACAGGUCAAUUAGCACGUUCGCAAAUAGAACUUUAUCAACAACAAUUAUAUAGUGAUGUAGAUUAUGUAAUUUAUCCGCUCCAAGAUCCUGCUGUUAGUCAACAGGAAUAUUUGGAUGCAAAACAAGGUUCAAUAUUGGCUGCAAUGGCGGCACAGAGCCCACCACCGCCGCCAUACCUCGCAUAUCAUACUACUGCAGCUACUGCGAACACGUGGGAUACUUGUAAAGGCCACGCAAUAUAUAGAAGUACGCCAUAUUUGCCAAUAGCGUUAUCAUCACACUCGAGAUACGCAUCAACGCAAAAUUUGUCAGAUACUUAUGUUCAAUUGCCUGGUGCAUAUUCACCUUUAUAUAGUCCUUCAGUAGCAAGUCUUUGUUCUUCAUACGAACCCCCGCCACCCCCACCUUUAAGACCAACGCCUCAAACGACUUCUGCUGCACAUCAUACAGCAUCAUUAUUUGCUAGAUCACGAUCCGAUGAUAACAUUUUAAAUUCAGUUGAUGGAAUGCCAAAAAUCAAGCGUCAUCCACCACCACCUCCGCCGCCAUAUGUUAACCGGAGAGUUAAAAAACCACCAAUGCCAGUUCCUAUUGAAAAACCUCCACCUAUCCCAGUUAAACCAUUAUCACAUCAUUUAAAUGUACAAAACAUUAACCAUCCCAACAUUAUAUCGAAUGGAUGUAGCACAUUACCUCAUCAGUCAACUAUAUCACCACUAAAACGUUCAAUUCCUGUUUCAUCAAACACAUUGCAAAAUAAUCAAAAAUUAUCAACUUCAGUACACAAUGUUAAUUUAAUUUCUUCGACUUCAGCAUCAACCAGCUCUCUUACAUUAUUAUCUACGUCAUCUUCUUCAUCAUCGGCAAUUUUAAUAAAUGGAUCACCAACAAUUAGUUUAAAUUCUUCAUCAACAAAUUUACAACAGGCAGCUACGAAUCAUUUAUCCACACCAUCAAUACAGCAAAAUCAAAGCAAUGGAACUGCAACUUCAAUUGAUAUACAAACGCUUCGAGAAAAAAGUAAAAAUAUGGAUUUACCAUUAAUAUCAGCGUUAUGUAAUGAUCGAUCAUUGUUAAAACAAACGAAAGCAUUUGUAAUGCCAAAACAUCCUAAAAAUACAUUAACAAUUUCACCAAAUUCACUUAGUAGUAAAACAAUACAAUCAACUAAAUAUCCUGUAUCAGGAUUAAGUACAACACAAUUAGCUAAGCCUAGAAAAACUACAAUAAGUCAUAGACAUCCAAAUGAUAAAUUACCACCAUUACCUAUGCAAACUGCUGAAGCUAAUAAUUAUGUAAUGGAUCCAACACCAUCUGUUAUUAAACAUAAAAGCUAUAAUAGUACACAGACUGGAUCUUAAAUGUAUUUUAAGUCAUAUAAAUUUUGAUAGAUAAAGUGAUAAAGUUAAUGGCAUGCAAAAAAUAUGUACAGAAACGAGCCUAUGCUUGAAAGUUUAAUUUAACAAAAUUGAAGAACGCAAAUUAUAAAAAAAGAUUUUUUUUUAAAAAUGCAUCGUAAUCGUAGUUCAAUUUCCAGUUCAAAUGAAAUUAAGUUUGUGAAAUUUAGUCAAACUACAUCUUAAGAACUUAAAAUAACACUUACAUUAAAAAUUUUUGAUUGUCGAAAAAUAAAUUAUGUUAGAAUUCAUAAAUUAUUAUAAUUAAAAUUAGAAUAAAUUGCCUUUGGCUUGCCCACCGAUAUUUUAUAUUUACUAAAUUAAAAAUAAAAAAAAAACGAAUAAAUUGUUACGAAAAUAUUAGAAAAAUCAACGUCCGAAUUUGAAGAUAAUUUUAAAAAUGAUACCUCACUACAAAGAAUACGCAUUUUAUCAAUUUUAACACAUACAAUUCCGUAUUUUUGAAAAAUUUCUCUUUCUGAGUGUAAU